CCAGACGACCGAUCGCCUCCCGCCCGACGGCAGAGACCGGUCGCCUCCCGCCCGAUCUCAGCAGAGACCACCUCCCGCCGCGCCCCGAUCCCGGUCUCCGAGGAAAGCCUGCGUCCGAGCGUCCAGCCCCCAGCGCCCUGACCAUGACCGCCUCCGCCAUGGGCCCCGCCCGCGUCGCCUUCGCGCUCCUCUUUGCGCUCUGCAGCCGGCCCGCCGCCGGCCAGGAGUGCCCCGCGCAGUGCCAGUGCGCCACCGCCGCCGCUCCGCGCUGCCCGCCCGGCGUGAGCCUCGUGCUGGACGGCUGCGGCUGCUGCCGGGUGUGCGCCAAGCAGCUGGGCGAGCUGUGCACCGAGCGCGACCCCUGCGACCCGCACAAGGGCCUCUUCUGCGACUUCGGCUCCCCGGCCAACCGCAAGAUCGGCGUGUGCACCGCCAAGGACGGUGCCCCCUGCGUCUUCGGAGGGACGGUGUACCGCAGCGGGGAGUCCUUCCAGAGCAGCUGCAAGUACCAGUGCACUUGCCUGGACGGGGCGGUGGGCUGCGUGCCCCUGUGCAGCAUGGACGUCCGCCUGCCCAGCCCAGACUGCCCCUUCCCGCGGAGGGUCAAGCUUCCCGGGAAGUGCUGCGAGGAGUGGGUGUGCGAGGAGCCCAAGGACCACACCGUGGUCGGCCCCGCGCUCGCUGCUUACCGUCUGGAAGACACAUUUGGCCCAGACCCAACCAUGAUUCGCGCCAACUGCCUGGUCCAGACCACAGAGUGGAGCGCCUGCUCCAAGACCUGCGGGAUGGGCAUCUCCACCCGCGUCACCAAUGACAACGCCUUCUGCCGGCUGGAGAAGCAGAGCCGCCUGUGCCUGGUCCGGCCCUGCGAAGCCGACCUGGAGGAGAACAUUAAGAAAGGUAAAAAGUGCAUCCGUACCCCCAAAAUUUCCAAGCCGGUCAAAUUCGAGCUUUCCGGCUGCACCAGCGUCAAGGCCUACCGGGCGAAGUUCUGCGGGGUGUGCACCGACGGACGCUGCUGCACGCCCCACAGAACCACUACCCUCCCGGUGGAGUUCAAGUGUCCAGACGGCGAGGUCAUGAAGAAGAGCAUGAUGUUCAUCAAGACCUGCGCCUGCCAUUACAACUGCCCCGGAGACAAUGACAUCUUUGAGUCGCUGUACCACAGGAAGAUGUACGGAGACAUGGCCUAAAGCCAGGGAGAGGGAGUGGCAGCAACCGGUCGGACUGUAACUCGAACCGAUUCACAUCUCAUUUUUGUGUAAACAUGAUUUCAGUUUCAGUAGCGCAAGGUUAUUUAAACCUGUUUUUGUAACUGGGGGAAACAAUUCCCCACCGAAUUCAAAACGUUGUGCCAUGUGACAUUUGAACAAAUAGUCGAUCAACCCCAGACACUGGUUUGAAGAAAUUAAGACUUGACAGUGGAACUCCUUUAGUGCCCAGCUCCAGAAUGUGUGCUAAGGACAUGGCUUUGGGGGCAGUGGGAGGGCACAGGUAGAAAAGCCGGUGCCAUCGGGAUGUCAUCGAGUGGGAAUGUGCCUGCUAUUUGGAGUAAAAUCGUGGAGGAGAAUUUUAGCAUGCUCGCUCGCCUACCUGCAGCUCCAGUGACAGCUAGCAUGUACUUUCUCCUGCCAUCAGGGGGCUGAGCUGAGUUGUUCUUAAAGUCAGAACAUUAGACUCGGCUUUGACAUUCUGAUCCGAGUGGCAGUGUGUAGGAAUCAGAAUCCUGUCUAUUAGACUGGACAGCUUGUGGCAAGUUAAUUUGCCUGUAACAAGCCAGAUUUUUUUUAUUGGUAUUGUAAAUAUUGUGUAUAUAUGUAUUUGUACAGUUAUCUAAGUUAAUUUAAAGUUGUCUGUGCCUUUUUGUUUUUGUUGUUAAUGCUUUGAUGUUUCAAAUGUUAGCCUCAGUUUCUGAACACAGUAGGUAGGAUGUAAAGCUCGUCUGAUAUUCAAAGCAUGAAAUGAUACUCAAAUGGAAAUUCUGCUCAGUCAGAAUGACAGUCCAUCAAGACAGAUUGUUUGCUAAAGGUGAGGCAGUGAUGCCCGGGGAAGUCUGAUUUAUAGGUUGGAAAUAUGGUGGCCUCACUUUUAAUGAACAAAUGACCUUUAUUAAAAAAAUGAGUGGUUCUUUCCAGCUGAUCAAUUUUUCCACCUGGAAGCAUUUGUUUCUACUUUGACUAUGACUGUUUUUUGGACAGUUUAUUUGUUGAGAGUGUGACCAAAAGUUACAUGUUUGCACCUUUCUAGUUGAAAAUAAAGUAUAUAUUUUUUCUAUAAA